AUGGCUAUUACCUUGCAGCCCAGUGACCUGAUCUUUGAGUUUGCAAGCAACGGGAUGGAUGACAUCCACCAGCUGGAAGAUCCCUCGGUGUUCCCAGCUGUGAUUGUGGAGCAGGUACCCUACCCUGAAUUAGUGCAUCUGUACUCAGGCCUGGAGCUGGACGAUGUUCACAACGGCAUUCUAACGGACGGGACCCUGUGCAUGGCGGAGAAUCAGAUCCUGGAGGGCAGGUUUCUGUUGGCAGAUGACAAUGAGGCAACAUCACCCACCAUGUCAACCACUGAAGUCUUGCUCAAUGUGGAAUCUCCCAACAACGUCCUGGAUGAGAAGCAGAUCUUCAGCACCUCUGAAAUGCUCCCAGACUCAGACACUGCUCCAGCCGUCUCUGUGCCCAACUACCUGUUUCCUGCCUCUGAACCUGAAACCCUGAGCAGGGGUGGUGACACUGGUGACCAGGAGGGGCACUCUCUGGAGGAGAAGAGCUUCCCAGAGGAGAAUGCUAAAAAGACUGGAAAAUCAAAGAAGAGAAUCCGGAAGACAAAGGGCAACCGAAGUACCUCACCUGUCACUGACCCCAGCAUCCCCAUACGGAAAAAAUCCAAGGAUGGCAAAGGCAGCACCAUCUAUCUGUGGGAGUUCCUCCUGGCACUUCUGCAGGACAGAAACACCUGUCCCAAGUACAUCAAGUGGACCCAGCGAGAGAAAGGCAUCUUCAAGCUGGUGGACUCCAAAGCUGUGUCCAAGCUGUGGGGGAAGCAGAAAAACAAGCCUGACAUGAACUAUGAGACAAUGGGGCGGGCCCUAAGAUAUUACUACCAGAGAGGAAUCCUUGCCAAAGUGGAAGGGCAGAGGCUGGUGUACCAGUUUAAGGAGAUGCCCAAAGACCUGGUGGUGAUUGAAGAUGAGGACGAGAGAAGUGAAGCCACAGCUGAGUCCCCUCAGGCCUCCACCUCCUCCACUUCUUCCACCGCCACCACCCGCCGAGCCAGCUCCAGGGUCUCAUCCAGAGCCACCACCCAGGGCAAGGGUGGUCUUUCCUGGGAGAAGCCAAAGGUUGCACACGUUGGUCUACAGCCAUCCGCGAGUCUGGAACUGGGCCUGUCUGUAGAUGAGGAGAUUCCCACUACCUCCACUGUGCGUGUCUCUCCACCAGACAGCCAGGCCAAACUCACCCAGGCCAUGAGUACUUCUUCCAUGCCCAGCAACAUCCACCUAGGAGUGGCCCCUGUGGGGUCAGGCUCAGCCUUGACCCUGCAGACAAUCCCGCUGACCACGGUCCUGACCAACGGGCCUCCCGCCAGUACUACUGCUUCGACCCAGCUGGUUCUCCAGAGUGUUCCACCUGCUUCAUCCUUCAAGGACACCUUCACUUUGCAGGCCUCUUUCCCUCUGAACACCAGUUUCCAAGAGAGCCAGGUGGCAGCGCCAGGGCCUCCACUGAUUCUCAGUGGCCUCCCUCAACUUCUGGCUGGGGCCAACCGCCCAGCCAAUCCAGCACCAGCCCCACUCACGGGGGCUGGACCAGCAGGGCCCAGCUCUCAGCCCCCUGGGACUGUCAUUGCUGCCUUCAUCAGGACUUCCGGUGCCACAGCAGCCCCUGGGGUCAAGGAGGGGCCGCUUAGGCCCUCCUCUUAUGUGCAGGGCAUGGUGACUGGGGCCCCCAUGGAGGGGCUGCUGGUGCCUGAAGAGACCCUGAGGGAGCUCCUGAGAGAUCAGGCUCACCUUCAGCCACUCCCAACCCAAGUGGUUCCCAGGGGUUCCCAGAUUCAGAACCAUAUGGGGAACCAGACUUUCUCUGCACCCAGCCACCCCACUGUUGGGCUGACCCCAGUAGCUGAACUUGAGCUCUCGUCAGGCUCAGGGUCCCUGUUUAUGGCCGAGUCUAGUGUGACCACCUCUGGAAGCCUGCUGGCCAGAUCCCCCACCCCAGCCCCCUUCUCUCCAUUCAACCCAACCUCCCUCAUUAAGAUGGAGCCCCAUGACAUAUAA